AACCCUUAGCAUGCAAGAAUGGCGUCGUGCAAAAUAUGGAACAAGGAAAUGGCUCAUGAAUUUUCUCUAUAUAGAAGGAUAAUGCUGCCACUUGGUUCGUGGCCAUUGGAUGAGAGCAAUUUUGCAAAAUUUCGUGUCCUGUUUCUCAUAAUCACACAGACUAUUAUGGUGAUCUAUUUAAUAAUAAAUAUUGGUUACGACAAAGAUGUCAUGCUGAGUGUCAUCGUCGACCACUUCGUACUGGCGACAUGCGGCAUUUUGACUAUCAUAAAGAUAACGCUGAUACGACUGCAUCGUGAUAAUCUGCUGAAGAAUUUAUACAAUGCAGCAAACAAUUGGACAUGCAUCGUAAAUCAGGAUCAUCGGCAGAUUAUGCUUUAUUAUACUAACUUGAGCAGACGCGUUUACUUCUUUCAGAUGGGUUCCUCAUACAUUGUUAUCCUUCCGUUGAUAGCCGAAUCUUUUUUAUCUGUUGUGAUGUCGCCUUCUUUACAGAAUGCCACAAAAUCCGAGAAACAGAUACAAUUGCCGCACGAAAUGACUUGUCCGUCCAAUGUGUCGAUCGUUUGUUAUGGCAUGUAUAUUCUUCAGACUGUUCAGUUGAUCAGCACAGCUACAGGGAAUGUUGGCAGCGAUGUUUUUCUCUUCGGUAUUUGUAUGCAUCUCUGCGGUCAAUUGGAGAUACUCCACCUGGAAUUAUUGCGAUUUCAUAAAGAAAAGAAAAUCAGAAUAAAAAUGAUUGCAUUGAUCGAGCGACACUGCUUACUUCUAAAUCUAGCCAAAAACAUCGUUGGUGCACUGGAUACCAUCUUGGUAGCUCAACUGAUUCUCCAUGCUUCGCUUAUAUGUUUAAUAGGAUUGCAGCUUAUCGUAUCUUUGGCGAUACAUGAUUUUUUUAUUGUCGGGAGAAGUAUAAUGUCUUUCAAUAUAUUAAUGAUACAAGUAUUUUUGUACAGUUAUAUGGGAGAAACUUUGUCAUCAAAAACGCAAGAGAUCUCUCGUGCAGCUUAUUUAAGCGAAUGGUACGAUUUACCUAUGAAUAUUAUGCGAGAUUUAUAUUUUAUAAUAGCUCGUGCCAAUGUACCUGUUUGCAUAAGAGCGGGUAAAUUUUAUAUUAUAGAUUUCAAUAGUUUCAAAAAUGUUUUGAAAGCAUCAGUUUCUUAUUUUUCCGUGAUGCAAAUCAUGUUUAUGCAAUAA